AUGGCUUUGACAAACUGUGGGUAUGCAAUGCAGAGUGAAGAUAGCAGGAUGGAAGUACACCGUAUACUCUUAGACAAAUGCCAAGAACUCUUACAGGAACUAUCAGAGGACCCCAGGACCAGAGGAGAUGCCUUACUACGGAAGGCUAGGAGGGUUCUAAGGCAGCAUAGGUCGCCUUAUGAUGGUACUGACCCGAACGUUGAAUUCGAUACGUACUACACCCAGCCAGGUGGGCUAGGCCUCCCUGGAGUAGGGGUAAGGACUAUAAAGCCCAUUCAACCUGGGGACAUCAUUACUGCUGAUUAUGGCCCUGAUUAUCAGAUACCUAAGGCUGCUCUAAGAGAGGGUAUGAAUCCGGGGCCUUAUCAAGCCGACUUCCCUUACCUCUCUACGGUUCUCAAUGGUUUAGCUACUAGUACAUCACCUGAAGAUGACCCAGAGAUGGUAGAGGAGGAUAAGUUUUACCUGGAUGAUGAUGGUAGCCUUAAAGCAGGCCCAGAGACGUAA